GCAUUCUUCUCUCCAGUUUCCCUGCCAUUUUGGAUUCCAGAAGCUGACAUGAAAAUCUGUCAGUAAACUGCGGUGAUAAGGUCGCAAGCGCACGUAAUCUUCGACUUCGCAAUUGGACAUCAAGUGAAGCUGCGCUGAAGAAAAGUCUUAAGCCAGCUGUCUGGUGAACUACAGUCACUCUUGAAGUCUUUUGGUUUGAGAUUGUUGUGUGACUUAUGAGGUGAAGCUGCGCUGAAGAAGAGUCUUAAUCCAGUUGUUUGGUGAACUACAGUCACCCUUGAAGUCUUUUGGUUUGAGAUUGUUGUGUGACUUAUGAGGUGAAGCUGCGCUGAAGAACAGUCUUAAUCCAGCUGUUUGGUGAACUACAGUCACCCUUGAAGUCUUUUGUAGUACACGGUGGGAAGUCGCAGCUCAAAAAUCUGUGCGCACUUUUAUGUAAGAAACUGCAAAGGGACCUGUGUUGAUCAGUGGGGUACCAGUUAAGCUACUUUUGAUAUCAAGCAAGCACCUUCGGUGUUGUUGAUCCGAAGACUUUUACCUAUUUAUUCGUCAUCCGAAUCGACCUCGUACGAAACCACAUGAUGGAAUUGAAGGCGAAAGCAACGCUGCAGCUCUUGAUCCUGUUAAUGCUGUUCAUGGGGACGCUCGACUCUCACACCCACAUGGUGACAGCAGUUCGCAGUCCACCUUCCUACUUUGAGGACCAGCCACCCACCGUAGUGUUUCCUCGCACCGCGGUCUUGGAUGGGAGAAGCAACCGUGAUGUUGAGGCUGGAUCGGAGGCUGGUGAUUUGCCACAACCUUUUCCUAUUCAUGUCCACGGGACUUCAUUGCGUAACAAGAAAUAUGAAACUCCACCGAGUCCGAGCUCCAUGCAGCACGGAACCUUGCCCUGAAUGUGGCAGCUCCAUGCUGCUGUCUUCCCUUUGGACGUUUACAUUAUGCUUUUGAUUUGCAGUCGUGAAGUAUCGCAUGGUGUCAUGGACAAUACACGUUACGUCGAUGGACGAGUCAGUGGAAGUCUCUGUCGGUAUCUGCGUUACAGCCGAUAUCCAACAGCAAGCAUACUGGCCAGUUGGAUGUUCAAAUCUGCCGACAAGCUCAAGGAUUACGCGUCCGACGCGGCCUCGCUCGACGGACGGACGUACGAGAAAUCCUCCAAGCUGCUUAGAAUGAGAUUUGUCAACUCCCGGCAGUGCAAGCUGACAGGCCCAGUUGCAGCUGCAGACCAAGAUUGGAAGGGCUGCCUGCUGCUCAGCGUCUACAAGUCGGAAGACACGUUCAUUCGAUUUCUAAUUCUGAUUCUCACCUGUACGGACCUAAUUCUACUCGCGUUUCGUCCUGCAUGGGGUGGACAGGAUUGGUAGUCAUGAUACUCACGUACAUGAUAGCAGUUGAAAUUGACUUUAUUAAUUUAAGUUAUUCAAUUUUUUUACAUGUUUGUUACAUUUGUAUUUAUUUGAACUUAUACCUUAAACAUC